AUCAGAUCAUCAGUAUGUCAUUUAUGAAUCGUUUUGCACAGAUGAAAGAUAAAUGAAUGUGAGCCCCCGACCCAAAAAAAACGUAUCGGUUGAUGGCCCUGCCAGGAGGACAAAAAAGCAAGUGGAGGUGGAGAAGGGCGGGGAGAGGAAUAAUAAUUUCAAUUCCACCACAGAGUGGGUGAGGAGGAGGAGGAAGAGGAGGCGGGGCCAGGCCAGAGAGAUAGUGAUGCUCUCGGCAGGUGCCGGCAAGUGAGAGGUAGCCCAGACCGGGGAUGGAGAAGACUCGCUGAGCGCACAAGACUUCCACACAUACUUGCGCACGCAACAGGUCAAACAACCGAACUCUUUUGCAGCCAGUGUGUUCUCCAGUCCUCCUGCUAGAGCUCUCCAUCUCCGUCGCCAUGUUGCUUUGUUCCGUCCUGCUGGGAGCGACCCUGCUCAUCCUGGCCCCCAUGGAGAGCCCUGAAGCUCGCGCGCUUCACCCUUCUCCGGAUAGCCCUCAGUUAAUGGAGCAGCUCCUGGAUCGCUAUAACGACCUGCUGACCAUGGACGACCUGGAGAACCUCCUGAGCAGCCCGGCCGAGGAGCAAUCCACGUUGUCCUCCGGGGCCAAAGGGUCCGAGUUUCCUGCCAAAUGGGCCGACGUCCAGCCAGAGACCCCCUGGCUCCGCCUCCUCCGGGAUGCCCUGGCCAAUCGCAAGCCCGUAGAGUCGGAGCGCUCACGGAGGGGCUGGAACCGAGGUUGCUUUGGCCUCAAGCUGGAUCGGAUCGGGUCCAUGAGCGGAUUGGGUUGUUAGUCAACAGACUGGUGUCAUCCUUUUGGGAUGGCGGGGAAGGUAAAGGCAGUUUACGCGUGUGUUAGUCGCACCUUUGUGGCUGUUGAAUAGUUAGUUGCGCUGUAGUAUUUCACUCAUUCAAUAUGUUUCACAUCAAGCAGCAGUUUCUUGCCAUUGCCCGUCUUGCUUUUUGUAAAUGAGGUUAAUAGCGUUAGUCCAAUGUAAUGGCUGGUCAGUGUUGUGAUGUGUGGAAUCCUCGUCCCAAGUGCAAGUUGUAGUAGUAAAAUAACAACUAGAAGUUUAGCAGCCCAUCGUGUCCACACUUUCUGCUCUUUGUCUACUUAUGAGUUGCACCAAUAAAUCCAUUUUGACUUUA